GGUUUAUCGUUCGAAAUUUGAAGUUACAUCAGUUCGGAGGUUGCCAGCCCAUGGUAUUAAUUUUGGUAAUUUUUUGGUUGAGAAAAUGAAUUCUUCAGCAAAAGUUGUGAUUUCAUCGAACAGAAGCAAAAAAGUUCCCGUCAGAGGUUUUGACAAACCCAAAACAUUAAGCUACACACAGUUGAAGGAGGAGAACAGCAUCCUACACCAACGCAAUGCUGAUCUAGAACACAAAGUUUCCAAGCAGAACAAUGCUCUAACUGCUGCACAGAGGAAUGCGAAGACAUUUGAGAAGGAAAACCAAACUUUGAAGGAGCAGCUUGAAGAAGAAAGAAAGCAGCAAACAGAAUAUGUUGAAAAUGUGACCAAGCAGUGGACAACAGACAAAGAAAUGCUCACGGACAAAUUAUUACGGUGUGAGAUGAAGCUGGAAGACCUCGGAGUGAAUCCAGUAACUUUAGAUGACGGCACAAAUACAUAUGAAGACAAACUGCUUAAGCAGGAGGCUGCGAAAAGGGCCGAGGUCCUGAGAGAGAGGUUAGAGGAGAAUAUCUCAAAUAGCCAGAACUUCCUCCAGAGAAUGCAAGAAAUAGCAAUGCAGAGUCGGGAGGCCUUGAAACAGCUCGACUGCUGAGGAGCCGUAAGUCCACUUUUUCACGUGCCGUUUACUGGCUGCAGAAAGGCACUGUGAAACACAGAGAACCAAGUACCAUCACCCCCAAGGAAAUACACGUACAUGUAUGCCGUGCAAGUGUAAGGAAUGGGACAUGUGAAAGAACAAACCAUUCUGGUUUGAAUACAGUGCAGGUGCGGGGCCAACUAUCAAUCAAUUAUUGAUGAAAUUUUGUAUUAGGGUAUGUAAAUUUUAGUUUGUAAAUUCUUACAUUUUGUCCCAGACAGCAUACCAUUACAAACAAAAAACUGCCCCACAUAAAAUUCGUCCUUUUAUUUUAAUUUCAUGACAAUAACCACUACAGUUCCACUGUGUAACAAAGACAAUUGCCUUUUGUUCUGAUGGGCACCAUUAUUUUAAACCUCAGCACUGCUGAGACUGUCAUUGGUCUUUUCAGAUGCCAUCACAACGAGCAAUUGCUUUUUGGCUGAAAGUACAAUUGUAAUGAGUGUAAUAUACUUGGAUUUUUUUAAUUCAAAGAAAGUUUUGCCUUUUGUUAAAGCAGUUUAGUCAAUGUUGAACACAGAAUUAUCAAUGUCUCCAACCAGUUUCAGAGAUUUCAAGUGAUCAUGUUUAAUCACGACUUGUUAACUGGAAAUAAUAAAAACCUGGAUUUAAAAAAGAGAUCUGGACCAUUGAAGUGAUUUUAAUAAAAAUCGAUUUUGAAAGUUCAUUGAAA